AUGCGAUCACGAAUAACAACUAUUUUUCGCCAAAAAUCCAAAGCAUCUAUUCUUACUAUUGGUUUCACUAGUAGUUUAGCUGCAGGUUAUCUUUUCAACAAAUACAGACCAGUAGUUUAUGCUGACACAACAAAAACUCCGUUCGUUAUUGGUGAACAUAAAUCAUCUUUACCGACGUAUAGCAUGACUGAAGUAGCAAAGCAUACAACGAAAGAAAAUGGCUAUUGGCUCGCUUAUAAAGAUGGAGUCUAUGAUAUAAGCGCAUUCGUUGAAAAUCAUCCCGGAGGAAAACAAAUUUUAAAAACUGCCGGUAAAGCUUUAGAAGCAUGUUGGAAAAUCUUUACUAUCCAUCAAAUUGAUCAUGUGUACGAGACCUUAGAACAAUAUCGCAUAGGAAAUCUUCCACCAGGUGAACGCGAAGCAAAUGCGAAAGCUCAAGAGGAAGUCGUUGAUUUAUUUCAAUACGAUCCUGAGCGAAUCAAUGCGACUGAAAACUUUUUCAUUCGCUCGGAAAAGCCAUUCAAUGCCGAAACAAAGCCUACAGUUCUCGUUUCAUCUUUUCUGACACCAAUCGAAAAAUUCUAUGUUCGAAAUCAUAUGCACGUACCCUUCGUCAACAUUAACGAGUUCAAACUGGAGAUUGGCGAUGGAACUUCAGCACAUACUCUUUCCUACGAUGAUUUAAAAGAUAAAUACCAAUCGCAUACAGUUACAUCUGCUUUACAAUGUGCAGGAAAUCGUCGUGCAGCUAUGAAUAACGAUGCACAAGGUUCUGUACAAGGCACACCAUGGUAUGUUGGCGCUAUUGGCAAUGCUCGGUGGACAGGUGUGAAAUUACGCGACGUCUUAGAAUCGUUUGGCUUACUCAAAGAGGGCAAACAUGUGCAGUUUGUGGGACUUGAUUGUGAUACAUCACAAAGAUGUUAUGGUGCAUCGAUUCCAAUGGAGAAAGCACUCAGUGAUGAUGUUCUCAUUGCAUAUGAAAUGAAUGAUGAAACUCUAACUAGUGAUCAUGGAUAUCCUCUACGUAUUAUUGUCCCGGGCACAGUCGGCGCGCGAAGUGUCAAGUGGGUCAAUCGAAUUAUUGUUUCCAACGAGGAAUCGGAUAGCCAUUGGCAAAAGGCUGAUUAUAAAGUUCUGCCACAGUCCAUCAAACAGCCACAACAAGCCGAUUAUGAUCGUGUACCAGCAAUACAAGAAUCAAAUGUUCAAUCAGCGAUUUGUUAUCCUGCAUCGACUGAAGAUGGGAAUAAAGUGAAAAUUCUUUCGGUUAAACCGACUGGUGAGGAUGCUAAAAAUCAAACAUUAACAAUCAAAGGUUACGCAGUCGGUGGAGGCGGAAGGCAAGUUCAAAACGUGCAGAUCAGUCUCGAUCAUGGGAAAACUUGGUUGCAAGCUGAUUUGGAACAACUUGCUCAACCGUAUAUGCGUGCAUGGGCAUGGACUCUUUGGUCUACUCACAUUCCAUUGAAAGAUCUCCCUUCGGAGCCUUUCGACGUCGUUUGUCGCGCAAUGGACGUCCAUUCGAAUUCGCAACCUGACUCUCCAUUAGGUAUAUGGAAUAUUCGCGGUGUGAUGAAUAAUUCCUGGCAUAAAAUAACUUUAAAAAUUGAUGCGAACUUUUCAAAGAAAGUUACGAACUGA